GUGACGAUGACGGCACAGUUAAAAUUUGGGACAUGAGAGAAAAGGGCACACAAAUUUAUAAAACAAAGAAAAAUGAAGAUUUCAUUAGCGAUAUGAUUACCAAUGAUUCGAAAAAAUAUCUUGUUUGUUCCAGCGGGGAUGGAUCAGUUACCAGUAUAGAUCUACAAAAUAGGAGCAUUUAUAUGCAAUCUGAAGAAUAUGAAGAAGAACUUACUUGUCUAGGUAUAUUCAGAUCAGAAACUAAACUAGUGUCAGGUUCUUCAAAUGGCAAGCUGUACUUGUAUAACUGGGAGGAAUUUGGUUUACACAGUGAUGCUUUUCCAGGUCCUAAGUCCUCUAUUAAUGCUUUAGUUCCGAUAACUGAAAACAUAGUUGUCACAGCUUGUGAAGACGGAAAUCUUAGGGCAACCCAUCUGUUUCCUCAUAGGUGACAAUAAUUGAAAUGUUGAUUUUUUCAAUAAAUUGAUGGAUGUAGCCGUUACU